UGAGAAAAAUCAAGAAAUGGGAGAAGAAAAAGGCAAGAUUGAAGCUUUGAGGGAAUGGGUUGUGGAGCACAAGCUUCGUACUGUAGGGACGUUGUGGGCGAGUGGGAUUGUGGGUUCAAUGGCAUACAAUUGGUCUCAGCCGAAUAUGAAGACAAGCGUCAAGAUCAUUCACGCUAGGUUGCACGCGCAAGCACUUACUCUUGCUGCAUUGUCUGGGGCUGCUAUUGUCGAGUACUACGACCACAAGUCAGGAGCAAAAACAGAACGAGUUGCAAAGUUCCUCGACCUGAAACAGAACCAACACAAGAAUUGAAUCACGACCUUACGAGUAAGAAACUGUUUGUGCUUCUUCAAAUCCAUAAUAAACUCGGAUGCCAUAGUAGAUUAGAUAGGACAUGGUGCAGACGUGCGUAGCUCCAGCGUAUAGAGACGAGGAAACUUCGCUCAAGUUCUAUGCUUUCAGAUUUGAAUAUUGAGACAAAACGAUGUCUUUUUUUUGGCCUUCAACUGAGUUGUGGCAACAACUGAAUAAGGGUUGGUUGUGUUAAUGAUAUUUACGAUCAAGUUUUAGUUUGUGUAAAAAAUCGGAACUCGAACAAAGUUCGUAAUAUUAAUGACCGAUUAGUCU